AUGUCUGGCCUCAUCAACAAGAUCAAGGACGCUGUCCACUCCGACAAGCACGACAAGCACGACUCCACUCACACCGGUUCCGAUGCGUACACCACUGGUACCCACGGCACCACCGGCAACCCCGGCAUCCACCACAACACCGAUACCACCGGCACCCACAGCACCGGCACCCACGGCACCUCGACCUACGGCAACACCUCCACCAAUGCCGGCCCCCAUGACAGCAACCUCGCCAACAAGGCCGACCCCCGCGUCGACUCUGACCGCGACCACCGUGGCACCGCUGGCGGUGUGACCGGCUCCACCGGCACCUACGGCAGCUCCACUACCCACGGUACCACCGGUACCCACGGUACCACCGGUACCCACGGCAGCACUGGUCUCGGCUCGUCUGGCUACGACAACACCUCCACCAACGCUGGCCCUCACGACAGCAACAUUGCCAACAAGCUCGACCCCCGUGUCGACUCUGACCGUGACAACCGUGGCACCGCUGGCGGUGUGACCGGUUCCACCGGCACCUACGGCAGCUCUACCACCCACGGUACCACCGGUACCCACGGCAGCACUGGUCUUGGCUCCUCCGGCUACGGUAACACUUCGACCAACGCUGGACCCCACGACAGCAACCUCGCCAACAAGGCUGACCCCCGCGUCGACUCUGACCGCGACCACCGCGGUACUACCGGUACCGGCUACGGCAGCAGCACUACCGGCACCUACGGCAGCUCCACCACCGGCGCUAGCACUGGCACCUACGGCAGCUCUACCACCGGUUUUUGCGGUAUCGGCUCUUGGUGCCACCGGUGUAGGCGCUGGCGCUACCGGCCUUGGCUCCUCCGGCUACGGCAACACUUCGACCAACAACUGUCCCCCACGACAGCAACCUCGCCAACAAGGCCGACCCCCGCGUCGACUCUGACCGUGACCACCGCGGCACUACCGGUACCUACGGCAGCAGCACCACUGGCACCGGCUACGGCAGCAGCACCACCGGCACUGGCUACGACAACACCACCUCCGGCCUCGGCAGCUCUGUCAACCCCGGCCCCGCUCCCAACACGGCUGGACCCCACAGCAAGGACUUCCUGAACAAGGCCGACCCCCGUGUCGACUCUGACCGUGACGGUUCCAAGACGGUCGGCCAGGACAAGACCUACGCCUCGUAAGAUUGUCCCUCACUUUGACGCGCCCACCCAGGCCGCGGUCACCACACCGGCUGCUGCGCUGCCUUUUCUUGCUAUGGACUUCGAAAACUGACCUGGCAUUCUUUUCCUUUUCUCUGUAAAGAGACAACACGACGUCCUACGCACAGCGGGAUCCCACCGAUGCUGCCCAGGUUCCUCCCUCGGUUCUGCAGCAGACCAUUGGUGCUCCUCAGAUUGCCCACGACGACCAUGGCCACGACCGGGCCCGCAGGAACAG